GUGUGGCUCAGUGGAUUGAGCACUCCAACCCUAGGGACAGGCAUCAUCAGGCUCCUGCUCCAGCAACUAAAGCUCAAAGUGGCAAUGUAACUGGCCUGAGGCCACACAGCAGUUGUUGCAGCUAUACAUUGGACGGGUCUUUCUUGCUCUUAAGAGCCAAAUCUAGAAAGUGAAGUUUGUCAGGACACCUCUGUCCUCCCCCCAAGUCCAGAGACCUCUGGGACGGGCCCAGUACUGAGACUUCCAUUCAGCCACUUUGCUUGGUGCUGGAGAAACUGAGGCCCAGAGAGGAGCCAUGGCCCGCCCGAGCUCCCGCAAACAGCGGGCCAGAGGCAGCGGCGCAGAGACUAGGUAAAAUGAAUGACUGCAGGGUUCUCCAUUGGGGGUCAGUGUGCUUGGCCGACCCGGGGCCCGUCAAGCUCUCCCCAGGUGGGGCGGGGCCGUCCAGCCCGGGGCGGGGCCUACGCGCUCGGGCCCGCCCCCGUCCUGCCCUCCCUGCUGCCCUUGCAAGCCGCCCCUGAGGAACCCAGUUUCCGAGGAACUUUUCGCGGGCGCCGGGCUGCCACCGAGGCCAGGGCGGGCUGCGAACGCGCGGAGCGGCGGCGGCAGCGGCACCGGCAGCGGGCCAGGGCUGGCGGACGCAGAGCUCGUUGCGAAAGUCCGUGGCCCCCGGGCCCAGCCGGAGGUGGCGACGGCGAAAUGGACGAGCCGCCCUUUACCGAGGCGGCCUUGGAGCAGGGACUAGCCGAGCCAUGCGAGCUGGACGCGGCGCUGCUGACUGACAUCGAAGACAUGCUUCAGCUCAUCAAUAACCAAGAUGACUUCCCUGGCCUGUUCGACCCGCCCUAUGCUGGGGGCGGGGCAGGGGGCACCAACCCCCCCAGUCCUGAAGCCAGUUCCCUGGGCAGCUUGUCUUCGCCUCAAGCCACUAUGAGCUCCACACUUGAAGGCUUUUUGGGGGGGCCCAAGGCAAUACCCCCACUGUUGUCCCCUCCUCAGCCUGCUCCCACAUCGAAGACAUGCCCUUCUGUGCCCACCUUCUCCCCUGGGCCUGGCGUCAAGGAGGAACUGGUACCGCUGACCGUCCUGCAGCCCUCCACCCCACAGCCCCUGCCGGGGGCCCUCCUGCCCCAGAGCUUUCCAGCCCCAGCCCCACUGCAGCUCAACUCCACCCCUGUGUUGGGGUACCCCAGCCCUCCUGGAGGCUUUUCCGCAGGGACCCCUCCAGGGACCACUCCACAGCCACUGCCUGGCCCACCAGGGGUCUUGCCCUCCUCCUUGCACACCCAGGUUCAGGGUGCAGCCCCUCAGCAGCUGUUGACAGCCACAGCCACCACCACAGUGGCUCCUGGAACAAACAGUGUGACCCCGCAGAUCCAGCAGGUCCCGGUGCUGCUGCAGCCCCACUUCAUCAAGGCGGACUCUCUGCUCCUGACAACCAUGAAGGCAGACACAGGAGCCCCUGUACAGGCGGCUGGUGUCGGCUCCUUGGCCCCGGGCAUGGCUGUGCAGACCGGGCCCUUGCAGACCCUAGUGAGCAGUGGGACCAUCCUGGCGACCGUGCCGCUGAUAGUGGACACUGACAAGCUGCCCAUCAAUCGGCUGGUGGCCAGUGGGAAGUCCCUCGGUUCGGCCCAGAGCCGUGGCGAGAAGCGCACCGCCCACAAUGCCAUUGAGAAGCGCUACCGCUCCUCCAUCAAUGACAAGAUCAUCGAGCUCAAGGACCUGGUGGUGGGCACUGAGGCAAAGCUGAACAAAUCUGCUGUCUUGCGCAAGGCCAUUGACUACAUUCACUUUCUACAACAGAAUAACCAGAAACUCAAGCAGGAGAACUUGAGUCUGCGUACUGCUGCCCACAAAAGCAAAUCUCUGAAGGACCUGGUGUCCGCUUGUGGCAGUGGCGGGAACUCUGAUGUGCCCAUGGAGGGCAUAAAGCCUGAGGUGGUGGACACACUGAGCCCACCACCUUCGGACGCCGGCUCGCCCUCCCAGAGCAGCCCCUUGUCCCUUGGCAGCAGGAAUAGUGGCAGUGGUGGCAGCAGCAGUGAUUCGGAGCCCGACAGCCCAGCUUUCGAGGACAGCCAGCAGGUGAAGCCAGAGCAGCUGCCAUCCCCCCACAGCCGGGGCAUGUUGGACCGCUCCCGCCUGGCCCUGUGUGCUCUCGUCUUCCUCUGUCUGUCCUGUAACCCUUUGGCUUCCCUGCUGGGCAGCUGGGGUCUCUCUGGCCCCUUGGAUGCCACCAGCAUCCACCAGGGCUCUGGACGCAACGUGCUGGGUGCUGAAGAGACAAGUGGGACAGGCCAGCAUGGACACCUCUGGCAGACAGAUGGCUCUGGCUGGGCACCGAGGCUGGUACCCCCACUGGUCUGGCUGACUAAUGGGCUGCUGGUGCUGGUCUCCUUGGCACUUCUCUUUGUCUAUGGAGAGCCAGUCACACGGCCCCACUCGGGCCCUGCCAUGCACUUCUGGAGGCAUCGUAAGCAGGCUGACCUGGACUUGGCCAGGGGGGACUUUGCCCAGGCGGCCCAGCAGCUGUGGCUGGCACUGCAAGCACUGGGCCGGCCCCUGCCCACCUCCCACCUGGACCUGGCCUGUAGCCUGCUCUGGAACCUUAUCCGCCACCUGCUGCAGCGUCUCUGGGUGGGCCGCUGGCUGGCAGGUCGGGCUGGCGGCCUGCAAGGGGACUGUGCUCUGCAGGCAGAUGCCCGCACCAGUGCCCGAGAGGCGGCCCUUGUCUACCACAAGCUACACCAGCUUCAUGCCAUGGGGAAGUACACAGGUGGACACCUCACUGCUGCCAGCCUGGCGCUGAGCGCCGUGAACCUGGCAGAGUGUGCAGGCGAUGCCCUGUCUGUGGCCACGCUGGCUGAGAUCUAUGUGGCUGCUGCUCUGACGGUCAAGACCAGUCUCCCUCGGACCUUGCAUUUCCUGACCCGCUUCUUCCUGAGGAGCGCCCGCCAGGCCUGCCUGGCACAGGGUGGCUCAGUGCCGCUUGCCAUGCAGUGGCUCUGCCACCCUGUGGGCCACCGUUUCUUCGUGGAUGGGGACUGGGCCGUGAGCAGCACCCCCAGGGAGAGCCUGUACAGCUCAACUGGAAACCCAGUGGACCCCUUGGCUCAAGUGACUCAGCUAUUCCGAGAACACCUCCUGGAGCGCGCACUGAACUGUGUAGCUCAGCCCAGUUCCAGCCCUGCAUCAGCUGACGGGGACAGGGAAUUCUCAGAUGCCCUUGGGUACCUCCAGCUGCUGAACAGCUGUGCAGAUGCUGCCGGGGCUCCGGCCUGCACCUUCUCUGUCAGUUCCAGCAUGGCCACCGCCACAGGCACAGACCUGGUGGCCAAGUGGUGGGCCUCCCUGAUAGCUGUGGUGACCCACUGGCUACGGCGGGAUGAGGAGGCAGCUGAGCGGCUAUACCCACUGGUGGAGCACCUGCCCCGUGUCCUGCAGGAGUCCAAGAGACCCUUGCCCAGAGCAGCUCUGCACUCCUUCAAAGCUGCCCAGGCCCUGCUGGGCCAUGGGAAGGCAGAGUCUGGCCCAGCCUGCCUGGCUGCCUGUGAGAAGGCCAGUGGUUACCUGCAGGACAGCCUGGCUACCACACCAGUUGGCAUCUCCAUUGACAAGGCUAUGCAGUUGCUCCUAUGUGACCUGCUCCUUGUGGCACGCACGAGUCUGUGGCUGCGGCAGCAGCCAUCUGUACCAGGCCAGGCCUCACAGGCCCCAGGCAGUGGAGCUCCACCCUCUGCCCUUGAGCUACGUGGCUUCCAGCGGGACCUGAGUGGCCUGAGGCGUCUGGCGCAGAGCUUCCAGCCUGCCAUGCAGAGGGUAUUCCUACAUGAGGCCACAGCCCGGCUGAUGGCAGGGGCCAGCCCCACGCGGACACAGCAGCUCUUGGACCGCAGUCUGAGGAAGAGGGCCAGUUCCUGUGGCAAAGGAGGAGGGAUGGAGCUGGAGCCAUGCCCCACGCGGCGGGAGCAAGCUGAGGCCCUGCUGCUGGCUUCCUGUUACCUGCCACCCUGCUUUCUGUCGGUACCUGGGCAGCGUGUGGGCAUGCUGGCUGAGGCAGAGCGCAUGCUCGAGAAGCUCGGUGAUCACCGCCUGCUGUAUGACUGCCAGCAGAUGCUCUUGCGCCUUGGUGGCGGGACCACAGUCACCUCCAGCUAGACAUGCUCUCCGGCCCCGCCCAGCCCCAACCUGCCAGCCAUUAGGCCCCAGUACCCGUUUUAAGCCACCUUAGUGCUUUCUGGUUCUGUCACGGGCCAGAACCUGGAAUGCUGAAGGCAGUGCCAGAGAUCCCAGUAUCCACCGUUCACCUAGGGACUGCACUGCAUCGGCAGGGUUUGGGAUGGGGAAUGGGACUUUUUUGGGCUUUUGCUGCUUGCCCUGGGAGGCCAGAAGGAACGUGACCCUGUCACCCCUGCCCCUUCCCAUCCCGACUAGCGGUGACCAGGAUGGUGCUGACCUCUGGUGGCCGAUCAGAGGAUUGCAGGGGCCGGUCCAGUCUGUCACCUCUUGACUCUGUAGGUGCCUAGUGGCUUUUCCCUCUGCUAUCUAAGAGGGAAGAUAGGGGGUACGUGUCACUCAGCUGUGGGGGGAGCAACUUGUCUUUCCUGGCCAGCAAAGGGGCCUGGCCCCAACGCCCCUCUUUGCCUUCUGGAGAGAUGUGUACAUAGUGUAGAUCAGGGUGCAUCAGCCUCCUGGCCUUGGAGACCCAAGUGUUACUUUGCCUUUUGCAAACUUUAUUUUCAUAGGCCGAGAAGUUUUGUACAGAGAAUAAAAAGUGAAAUUAUUUAUAA